UGUCCGGUCCGGGUUUGCUUGCCUCGUCAGCGUCCGCGUUUUUCCUGGCCCCCCCCAACCCCCCCGGACAGGACCCCCUUGAGCUCGUCCCUCAGCUGCCACCAUGAGCGACCAAGAUCACUCCAUGGACGAAAUGACAGCCGUGGUGAAGAUUGAAAAAGGAGUUGGUGGCAAUAAUGGGGGCAAUGGUAAUGGUGGUGGUGCCUUUUCUCAGGCUCGAAGCAGCAGCACAGGCAGUAGCAGCAGCGGAGGAGGAGGAGGGCAGGAAUCCCAGCCAUCCCCUUUGGCUCUCUUGGCAGCAACUUGCAGCAGAAUUGAGUCACCCAAUGAAAACAGCAACAACUCCCAGGGCCCAAGCCAGUCAGGGGGCACAGGUGAGCUUGAUCUCACAGCCACACAACUUUCCCAGGGUGCCAAUGGUUGGCAGAUCAUCUCUUCCUCCUCUGGGGCUACCCCUACCUCGAAGGAACAGAGUGGCAGCAGUACCAAUGGCAACAAUGGCAGUGAGUCUUCCAAGAAUCGCACGGUCUCUGGUGGGCAGUAUGUUGUGGCUGCCACCUCCAACCUGCAGAACCAGCAAGUCCUGACAGGACUGCCUGGAGUGAUGCCUAAUAUUCAGUAUCAAGUAAUCCCACAGUUCCAGACGGUUGAUGGGCAACAGCUGCAAUUUGCUGCCACUGGGGCCCAAGUGCAGCAGGAUGGUUCGGGCCAGAUACAGAUCAUACCAGGUGCAAACCAACAGAUCAUCACAAAUCGAGGAAGUGGAGGCAACAUCAUUGCUGCUAUGCCAAACCUACUCCAGCAGGCUGUCCCCCUCCAAGGCCUGGCUAAUAAUGUACUCUCAGGACAGACUCAAUAUGUGACCAAUGUACCAGUGGCCCUGAAUGGGAAUAUUACCUUGCUACCUGUCAACAGCGUUUCUGCAGCUACCUUGACUCCUAGCUCUCAGGCAGUCACGAUCAGCAGUUCUGGGUCCCAGGAGAGUGGCUCACAGCCUGUCACCUCAGGGACUGCCAUCAGUUCUGCCAGUUUGGUAUCAUCACAAGCCAGUUCCAGCUCCUUUUUCACCAAUGCCAAUAGCUACUCAACAACUACUACCACCAGCAACAUGGGAAUUAUGAACUUUACCAGCAGCGGAUCAGCAGGGACCAACUCUCAAGGCCAGACACCGCAGAGGGUCAGUGGGCUGCAGGGGUCUGACACUCUGAACAUCCAGCAGAGCCAGACAUCUGGAGGCUCACUGCCAGCAAGUCAGCAGAAAGAGGGAGAGCAAAACCAGCAGACGCCGCAACAACAACAAAUUCUCAUCCAGCCUCAACUAGUUCAAGGCGGACAGGCCCUCCAGGCCCUCCAAGCGGCCCCAUUGUCAGGGCAGACCUUUACAACUCAAGCUAUCUCCCAGGAAACCCUCCAGAACCUUCAGCUUCAGGCUGUUCCAAACUCUGGCCCCAUCAUCAUCCGGACACCAACAGUGGGGCCCAAUGGACAGGUCAGUUGGCAGACUCUUCAGUUGCAGAACCUCCAAGUUCAGAACCCACAGGCCCAGACAAUCACCUUGGCCCCAAUGCAGGGUGUUUCCUUGGGGCAGACCAGCAGCAGCAGUACCACCCUUACACCUAUUGCCUCAGCUGCCUCCAUCCCUGCCGGCACAGUCACUGUGAAUGCUGCUCAGCUCUCCUCCAUGCCUGGCCUCCAGACCAUUAACCUCAGUGCAUUGGGUGCUUCAGGAAUCCAGGUGCACCAGCUUCCAGGCCUGCCCUUGGCUAUAACAAAUGCCACAGGUGAUCAUGGAGCUCAGCUUGGCCUCCAUGGGGCUGGUGGUGAUGGAAUACAUGAUGACCCAACAGGCGGAGACGAAGGAGAGAACAGCCCAGAUCCCCAACCCCAAGCUGGUCGGAGGACCCGGCGGGAAGCAUGCACCUGCCCCUACUGUAAAGAUAGUGAAGGAAGGGGCUCUGGGGAUCCUGGCAAGAAGAAACAGCACAUUUGCCACAUGCAAGGCUGUGGCAAAGUAUAUGGCAAGACCUCACACCUACGGGCACACUUGCGCUGGCAUACAGGCGAGAGGCCAUUCAUGUGUACCUGGUCAUACUGUGGGAAACGUUUCACACGUUCGGAUGAGCUUCAGAGGCACAAACGCACACACACGGGCGAGAAGAAAUUUGCCUGCCCUGAGUGUCCCAAGCGCUUCAUGAGGAGUGACCACCUGUCAAAGCAUAUCAAGACCCACCAGAAUAAGAAGGGAGGCCCAGGUGUAGCCCUAAGUGUGGGCACUUUGCCCCUGGACAGUGGGGCAGGUUCAGAAGGCAGCGGCAGUGCCACCCCUUCGGCCCUUAUUACCACCAACAUGGUAGCCAUGGAGGCUAUCUGUCCAGAGGGUAUUGCCCGUCUUGCCAACAGUGGCAUCAACGUCAUGCAGGUGGCAGAUCUGCAGUCCAUUAAUAUCAGUGGCAAUGGCUUCUGAGAUGAGGCACCCGGGGCCAGAGACAUAUGGGCCAUACCCAUCAACCCUGGGAUGCAAGGUAGCAUGGGUCCAAGAGACAUGUGGGAGAGAGAGCCAUGAGGCAUUAAAAAUGCAUGGUGGUGGGAAGAAUUGGGGGAGGGAUACAAGAGAAGAGAUGGGGUCCUGGCACACACCUGUAUCAUCAGUACCUCCUUGAAGUGGGAAACAUUAGUGAAAAUUCUGGCGGUGCCACCCUUUGAUGCGCAUUUGUUUGACCCCAGUUUCUUAACACUUCUUACCCCAGCUUCCCCUUCCUGCAUUUCCCUUCUCAGCUCCCCCAUGAUGGAUCCCCCCCUUUCCUAAAGCCAUCAUGCCUUGAUAAAUAUAUAUGAUCAUUGAAAUACUUUUUAACAAAAAACAGAUUCUAUAUUAUAUAUAUAUAUAUAUAAAAGAUAUAUAGAGAUGCAUUUGCAGGGGUUGGCUGGGAGGAGGAAGGAGACCAUUCUGUGACCAAAAUAACUUGGUCAUUUUUUUUAUAUUGCCUUAUUUCCUUAUGGCUGAGCCUUGUUGUGACACAUCAAGAUUUUCUAUAGAUGUUGUCUUGGCUUCCCACCAGAUUAAGCAUUUAUAUGCUCUGCUUUUAGUUUAUAUAUACAUACAUAAUGUUUUUCUUUCUUAAUUUUGUCUUUUAAUUUGGGAUCAGCUUCUUGCACUCUUUCCCUGACUCAACCCUUUCUGUCUCCCUUCUCUCACCUGAUCACUUCAUGUUUUGUUUUUGGUAGCGGUCCCUGGAAGAGGCACUUCUGUUAUUCUUUUAAAGUCCUUAGUCCCAGCAACAGAAUGGAGAAACCUUGAAGCUCAGGCGAAUGCUUGGGGUAGCUGUGAAGAGAGUGUUCAAAAUACUACUGACGCAGGCACCCUCUUGGUGCUGGAGAGUCAAAGGCACCUCUCUCUUCAUUAGCUGCUCUAAGCAUCAAGAAUCAGAAGUCUUUCUAUGGAAUUGUAAAAGAGACCCUUUGAAAGUUAUUAUCUGGGAUCAGUUUGUAUAAACUGUGAAAAGAUGGUCAAAUAACAGGUAAGGGCUUUCAAUAGGAAAAUGAUGUGCUCAGAAGCAGAAGUGACUCAGGUAGUCCAGUUCAGGAGUUAGUAGAUUAUUUGGACCUUUUUACAACUGUCUUCCAAGGUAGCUCUAAGCUUUGAUGUAUGGGCUUCUGAGUUCACAUUCUGAAAGGAAAUACACUUCCUCUUUUGAACAUCCCCAGUAGUUUCUUUCCUGUUAUGUUAUUAAGGAGCAUCGGCCAGUGAACCUGUUCUGGGUUUCCAUUCUGCAGAACCCCAGAGCGUGGACCAGUGGCAAGGCAGUGGUUCUUUGAUCUUUUCCCUUAACUCUUCCUUGGGUGGUUCCUAAGGGGAAAGGAAGCACACAUGAUCAUGGGAAUGAUAGCCCAGAACAAAAAGAAAUCUUGUCUUAUCAGUUUGGUUUAUAGGAGAGAUCAGGAAAAAUCAUCCUGCUUUUUCUCCAUGGUUUGAUUGCUGAAGAGACUGAUCCAAAAAUUAUAGCGGCAGGGAACUCUUAGUGCAUUUGGCACUGAGAUUUAAAUGCAACCAGAGUUGUCCUCAAGGCCCAGCCAUUAAAACAUUGUCUCUCUCGACCUUUUGGUAUCUUGUCAGAGAGCUUUUCACUGUGAGGAAGUGUGGAAAUGGCUGUGUGUAUGUGUGUAAUCUGUUAGGUUGGGGAUAGGUUUUCUGUUAGCUAAUACUAUAAGAGACCUGCAAUAAAAAAAUUACCCUAAUCUGA